AUGGGCAAGCGUCCGUGCCCGCCCAAGGAGGCGACAUCCAGGGCUAAGGCCAAAGCCUCCCCGAAGGUGAGUGCACUGCCGGGGCCGCCGCAGCCGGCGGGCCUGAUGGAUGAUGGCGACGCCGCCAUCAAUGCCAAGUACCUGUCUGUGAUCGAUGAGCACGUCCAGCGGAUCCUCAGCCACCCUUUGUUCGAAGGUAUUCGGGCGUUCGACCCGCUGCAGAUGGGCGCCAACACUGACCGCCACAACGCCGUCGGGAUGCGCAAGCCCAUUGAGAUUGGUGACGUGGUCAAUGCCAUGACUGGGGGCUCAGGCUCUGGAGCGGUCUCUGGCGGAGGCAACAUCUUCUGGGUGAUGUUCAAUUUCCAAGCCAACCCUGGGGUCCCGAUCAGCCUCAAGAAAGUGACCGAGCUGAGCGAGUACCACUACGCUCUUGGCGAGCGCCCGGGGCCUCCGUGCCUGCCCAUUCACGCGUUCCUCUCUGCCAACAUCUCGGAGGAGACCCUCAAGGCCACGCUGGCUGCCGGGGAGCUGAAGCUGACCACGCCGCCGGAGUCCAUCCACGCGUGGGUGAUCGGCCUGGGGAACGCGAUUGCCAUGAAUCGGCCAGAGAAGGAUGAGUUGAAGCAGUGGUUGGAAUACGCGCUCUCCGCGGAGUUCACUUUCGCCAAGCUGGAGUCCAUGGACGAUGUCCAUUUCUCCGCCGUGCGCUCGCGUGAGAACUUGAGUGUCCACAAGCGGCUCAUGGGCCGCACCGCCCUCGGUCGCAUCCUCGAGGUGUCAAGCUUCAAGUCUCGGAAGGAGAAGCUCUCGGGGCCGAUGAGUUCCAAGGCAAUCGAGAUAGAGUACAAACAGCAUUGCAACAUCAAAGAUCCCGAGGAGCAGGUCGCGGCCAACUUUGUGGACAACGCCCUCUCCAUCGUCAAGCGCAUGCUCUCGAUCAGCGGAGUCAUGACCAUUCUGUCGGAAGCCGAGGACACCUGCGAGGCAACAGCCUUCGACAGCGUGAGCAAGCUGCACGCCAUCGUGUCGAAGGCGAAAACGCCAGCAAUGAUCAUUUGGACAGUUCGGAGCUUGUGGGACGAUCAUAAAUCCAAGACCCCUGUGAACAGAGUGGUUCCUGGAGUGCGCGACCUACUGGGCAAGACCACUGCUAAGGCAGAACCCAACGAGCGCGUCGGCAAGGUUGAGGUGUGCUGCUUCAAGCACACGGUGAAGACCUACCUCACUUCCACUUGGUUGGACAACUCGGACUUGCCAUCUCACGUCAAGGAAUCCUUUCGCACGUCCCUCUCUGAUCACGUCACGUACCGCGCCAGCAACGGGUUCCCCGAUGAGGAGGUGGACUUAUCUUGGAAAGCGUCCUUUUCAACUGCUGCUGAUUCUUUCUAUGGCAUCUUUGAGGCGCUCAUCUACAGCGACGCCUACGAUGAGGGGGUGAUCAAGCCUGUGAUUCGGGCCAAGAAGGCCGUGUCGGAUAUGUUGACCUCGCCAGGCCUUAAGGAGCUCAUGAACGAGGCGGCGGAGGAUCUCCAGAAUGAGGCCAAGGGUGAUGGCUGCGGGAACGGCGACGACGAGGACGGCGGCGAUCUUCUAGACAUGGGCGAGGCGGAUGAGGUCCAGCUUUCCAUAGCAAUGAGCCCAGGUGCGACGGCGAACGAGGCCACCAUUCAGACCCCUGUCAAAAAGCAGCCCAUCAAUCACCGCCUUCUGUUGAACCCUCACAUGGCGCCGGAGACCGUGGAGCUGCUGGAGCCUUGCGACUCCGAGACGCUGGACAGCGUCGAGAAGGCGACGUCCACCUUGAUGCGCACGCACUUGGCUUUCGUUGAGGACCAGCUCGAGGCGACUUUGGAGAAGGUCCGCGCUGCCGUGUACCAGCCUGUCGCGCGGCAGACUCGCCAGGACGUCCCUGGCAAUGUGCCAGGCUUCAGCACCCACGUCGGGGUGAUCUACAGCGUCUCCUGCAGCGGCGAGGCCAUCACCAGUCCGAAGACGCGCUGCGCCCCCUACCGCGACGCCCACUACAAGCGGCUCAUGCACAUUGCCCUGAAGGUCCGAGGCAAAGCUUGCGGUGCGGACUACCAGGGCAUCAACCCUGCGGACUACAUCAUCCUGUUCAACGGCAACAAGGACGGUCUUGAUAACACCAUGAUGUCAGCCUUCAGAUGCGAGGACGGGACCAGCACGCCGAGGAACAAGAUCUCCAAGAUGCUGCUCUUUGACGAGGAGACUGUCACAGCGCGGAUGGACCGCGUCAGGGGCACCAUCAACCAGACCGAGACCUUCAACAUCGUGGCUGCGGACCCCGUGGCGCUCGCAGUCAAGAAGAAGCUCCACUUCCCGGGGACUGCGCGCGGCAUGAUUCUCGGCCCAGUCGCGCUGCCGAAGUACGACGACGCGGGCAUCUUCAAGCUGACCCAGGCAGAGAAGAAGAUCUUGCACGACAAGCACCGUACUGCAGUGGGUGGCCCGACCGAUGAUGGGCCCGACCCCGUGCCUGGCAAGGAUGAGAGGAUUCCGGUGUUCUACAAGUCCAUCCCCCAGGACGCCGCCGAGGAGAUCGCGCAUUGCCUGGACUUGACCUCCAUGGUGGACCUCACGCCCAACCAGGGCGUCUUCGCCAUAGUUGCGAUAAUGCUGAAGCUCUUGUGGGUGGGAGUGACCUUCAAUAAGUUCCACGCGGAUCAGGUGAAAGACUUCCUGCUCGCAGAGAUCGUUCGGCAGUUCUUGGAUGAAAAGAGUUCCCUGUUCAGUCCUUUGCUUUCCGAGGCGGUGGCAAAUUGCGCCAAAGACACGACGCCGCAGGACCCUGGGAAACAGGACCCCAAGAGGCGCAAGAAGACGAGUCAGCAGCCAAAGCAGCCUAAGACUUUGCCGAAAGUGAGUCAAGAGGGCGCCGGUGAUAAGGAGGCGCUGCUUGCCAAGAUCAAGGCCCUCACAGGCAGCGGCCCGAGCGGGAGCAAGUGCGCCGCCGUCGACGAGAAGGGCAAGGGCACGGAUGAGCCGGAGGCGCGUGGCAAAGACAUCAUCCGCCUGGGCGGCGACUGCGAUGGCCUCUGCUCUCACGCGGUGGCGCUGGAGAUGAUCAUCGGCAAGGACAGGAUCAGCCACGAAUUCGCCAGCGAGAUUGACCAACAAACCCGCGCCGUCAUGCAGGCCAAUCACGGCAUCAAGAAGGUCUACCACUCAUGCAAGACGGCUGAUCGCACAGUCAGCCAGGUCCCCAAGGUGGACGUAUAUGCCGCGGGGCCCCCAUGUCAGCCCUUCGCGAUGGGUGGCAACCAGAGCGGGGAGGGUGACAGCCGGGGCCAGAUCAUCUUGGAAUGCGCCGUCUACAUCACCACUCAGAAGCCCGCCUGCUUCGUGAUCGAAGAAGCGCCCACUCUCAUGGGCAAACACAGGAAGACCCUGAACAAGUUCGUGGACCACAUCCGGCAGGGGGCCAUCUCCAAGAAUGGCGAGUCCCUCUACGAGGUGGAGUAUCGCAAGGUGAACUCGGAUGACCACGGGCUCCCGACCACUAGGGCUCGGACCUACAUCGUGGGAUGGUUGCGCAGCCGAUCGAAGGGCCAAUCGUUUGAAUGGCCCACCUCUUUACCACUGAAGCGCGUGAAGGACUUCAUCGACCCGACGCUGCCAGCCAACAUCCCUACCGACAUGACCUGCCUGAACAACCUCGCCCGCCUGCUUGGCGUUGUCAAGGGUGCGGGCUACGACCUUGCUAAGGACGACAUCAUCUUGGACGUGUACCAGUCCGAGAACUUCGGCGACAAUUGGCAAGUCGGCAAGUUCCCGACUCUGACGAGGACCAGGGCAGGUGCCGGCGGCUACUACCUGACCCGCCACUCCCGCAUGAUGGACACGACCGAGAUGUUGGCUAUCCAGGGCUUCCCAAAAAGCCGUCUGAACUGGAAAGGUCUGCUCACGGAGAAGGGCCGCAAGGUGACGGAUCGCCAGUUCAACCUAAUGAUCGGCAACACAAUGAGUGUGCCCGUAGUCGGCCGUCUGAUGCUCAAACUCCUCAUCCUCGUCGGCAAGCUCGACAAGAGCACGCCCGACCCGUGGUGCGACGCAGUGUAG